AUGGAUCGACUCAUGAACGAGUCGUUCGUGGACUUCGUCGGAGGAGUCCAACUCCACCCGGGGGAGGGGACGAGGACCGCUGUACCGGUCAUCCUCAUCGGGAUCUGCGUGUCCGGCGCCGUCGGCAACCUGCUCGUGAUGCUCAUCUUAUACCGGGAAUUCGGCAGAGCGCGAGGCUCAGAAGUCAAAGCUCUGCUGGCCGCCGUGGCCGCCACGGACCUCGCGAUCCUGCUGCUGUGCGCUCCCGUGCGCGCGCUGACCUACUACCGCCAGUCCUGGACACUGGGCAGCUUCGUCUGCAGCACCGCCGACUGGUUCCAGCACGCGUGCGUUGCGGCCAAGACUCUGACCCUGGCUGCCACGACCCGAGCCAAACACAACCCGGUGGCGGUCCCCACUGGUGGCGCCAAGCGACCGCCACGGCUCCGCGCGACCUGGAUCCACGUUGCGCUCGCCCUCAUUUGGACUUUUUCCGUGAUGUUCCCCGUCCCGCAGUUUCUGUUCGCCUCGCUGCAGACGCGCGGCGCCGACACUUUCAUCUGCGUGUCGGCGCCGCCCGCGUGUGCCGCGGACUUCAUGAGCCUGUUCUACAAGGUCUACCCCGCGCUGACCUUCGCCCUUCCCGCCGCCUUCACGCUGGCCUACUACGUCAAGACUCUGCACGCCGCGGUCAACCACGCGGCGGCGCCCAGAAGCGGCGCACGGCAGCGGCAGAGCAAGGUGACGCUCGUGCUGCUGUGCGCGAGCGGCGCCAAUGCGUUGCUUCUGCUACCCGAGUGGAGUGCGUUCACCUGGACGCGCCUCGGCUUCCACAAGCCGCCGGUCGGUCUCGCGAUCUUCGCGCAGGUCCUCCUGUACUCCAGCAGCUGCGCGAUUCCCGCCAUCCUCAUGACCAUGUACGACGACGUGCGUCGCGGCGUCGUCGUUGUCUGGUUCGCCUCCACGUGCAGAGGCGCCCGGAACGCGUCCGGCGGCAACAGGUGUCCGGCGAAGAGCGAGGAGAACGGCGCAGAGCUCGGAGGAGCGCGCGAGGAGGGCGGCGACGACAAUGCCGAGUCCCACGAGCUGGAAAAGAACUUCCCCGACGUAGAGCACUUCUGGACCGGAAGGCGGAACACGCACGUGGAGGAUGAUCAAGACCCCGUCCCGUGGGAGCGCGAGGAGAAGAUGCUGUGA